UUCAUUUUGUCAAAAGCGGAGAAGAACAUCCAGGGCUUGGUUUACACAUAUCGAAAAUUCUAGCCACUGGGGGACUAAAGGCAGGCCAGGGGAACUCAUAAUAAUGUUAAAUAACCUCCUAAAAUUAAGUUUUCAUGUCAUGCGACCUUUAAUUAACCAUAUUACAUCGAUGCAUUAAUUCGAAGGACCACACACAUCAAGCCACAGUGUGGCUGGACAGCAUUGACCAAUUUGGGGACGGUGCAAAGUGCAGACGUCAAGUGGGCUAUUUUGUGUAAACGAAUGCUAUUGGUGUUUGGCGCAGUAGCUCAGCCUAUCGGAUGGAGCCUUGUUAGCGUGUUAAAAAAAACGGUGUCCCUCAAAGGAACAUAUUCCUGGGAAGAUACGCUGUAGAGCAUAUUAGUUCGGUAAGUCACUAUAUUACUUUUAUUUGUCAUACCACUAGUGUCACUUUUACACACAUGAUAGGGUUUUGGGUACAGAUAUAUAUUGUGGAGUCUCAACGGGGGGAGACAUUCAACGUUUACAUCGAACAGACGGACGCCAUUACACCACCGAAGAAGCGAAACGCCACCCUUCUUCUUCGGUUGCUUCUUUCAGCAAAGAAGAGGAAAAUAUACUUGGAAGAGCGACUGUCAGCUGACUAGUGGUGGAGUGAAGUUAGCUGCCUGCCGCCAUGGACGUGGACAGCUCUUCAGUGUACAUGUGCUUCCCCUGCUACCAGGAGUUCAACACCCUGGAAGAGGUGCUCACUCACCAGAUGACCUGCACAGCAGAAGCGGUGGCACCCCCAGUGGCCACAGAUGAAACUGCAACGAUGUCACUUCCUACACUUCAGACAGAGGAGCUCAUAACUCAGGCCGACGCUUCACUCACGGCACAUCAGGCCCAGUCUGUCGUCUCGCUGGUCUACCCCGUGUCCAGUGCCUCCAUCCAGGCCGCAGAGAGCCCCAGGAAGCCCUCUCUCUCCGACCAGCCCCGGAUCCUCUACCAGUGUGGCGACUGUAACGCUCUCUUCAACGCUCUGCACAUGUGGCAAAAGCAUCGCAAGGAAGGGCUCUGUCUGCAAGACAAGACCCAACCCGAUCAAGACCCAGGCCCCGAUCUCGAAACCUUCGAGACGCAGCCUGGGUCAGAGAUGGUUCCGGAGGGGAACGCGGAGGCCGAGACGGCUUUAGAACCCGACGGGGAACGGCAACUCACGGAGGAAGGGGCUGAAAUCGAAACCCAACAACAAAAUACAGGUGAGCCUGUCGCAGGGGAAGAACACUUGGAAGGACAGAAUAUGGACGCCACGCCGAGCGAAGCCAUGCUGGCAGCUCCAGAAGACCCAUGUCAGACAGACGCCCCUCCCCAGGACCCGUCUGCCCCCGACCCAGAACCAGAGGACGGCUCCACCCCCCGGAGGAGGGGGGCCCUCAAGAAAAUCAAGCCCCCCUCCAGCCUGCUGUGCGUGGACUGCGGCGCCUGCUUCGCCCUGGUGUCCGAGCUGGUGUCCCACCGCAAGGCCCAGCACGGCCUGGAGGAGGCCCUGCAUCGCUGCACCGUGUGCGGGGAGAGCUUCCUCAACACCACCCUCUUCCUCUACCACCGCAAGCAGCACCGCCAGCUCGGCGAGGAGCGGCCCAGGGACGGAACCAAAGAGGCCCCGGACCAGACCGCUCACAUGCAGGAAAACCCCCCCGUGCAAGAGGAAGUGGUGGAAGAGUCCAUCGCCGACUUUGAGGGGGUGUCCGGCAUCCAGAGCAACGGGACCGAGGGCCAGUGUGUGGACGCGCCGUCGGCGCCUGCGCCCACCUUGCUGUGCGCCGAGUGCGGGAACGCCUGCAGCUCCGAGGAGGAGCUGUCCGCCCACCGUGCCCGGGAGCACGGCCUGGAGAAGGCCCUGCACCUGUGCUCCCAGUGUGGCCUGAGCUUCAUGAACACCACCCAGUACCUCUACCACCGCCGCCAGCACCGGGCCGCUCCGCCCACCAGGCCCGAGGACACGGGGGAAGGCGUGACCGCCACCACCACCACCCCCGUGACGAUCCAAAGCACCCAGAAGAGGAUGCUGUCCAAGAGGCCCACGCCCACCAUCAGGAUUCUCAGCAUGAACACACUCAAAGAAGCCAACAGUGCCAAAUCCGUCGCUAACGAGGAGCUUGAGGACAGGCUGGCGACCGAGGGCGAGCCCCCCGGCCAGCCCCCCCCCCCGGACGCCAGUAACCUGCCCGCCCCGGCCAAGCUGCUCCAGGACUGGUCCCGCACCCCUCUGCCUCACGUCUGCCCCCACUGCGGCAAGACCUUCACCCGCCGGGUCUUCCUGCGAGCUCACGUCUUCAGCCACACCGGAGAGAAGCUCUUCACAUGCAAGGUGUGCAACAAGUCGUUUGCCUCGUCGCCCAACCUGCUGCGCCACAGCCUGACCCACAUGGGCACCAAGCCCUACCCCUGCCCCGUGUGUGGCAAGCGCUUCGCCCAGGCGGGCACCCUGAAGAGACACGCCCUCACCCACUCGCAGGCGCAGGAUGCCAAGCGACGGCGCCGGGCUCGCGUGACGCAGAGGGGACCAGAAGAGGGCGAUGGGGGCUUCAAGCUGUUCUCCUGUCCAAACUGCACGGCCCGCUUCCAGACCGAGGAACAGCUUCAGGACCACAGGCUGCUCCACACCAGUCACCCGUUCCCCUGCUCGGUAUGUGGGAUGGCCUUCAAGCGCAGGAAGGAGCUGGACCUCCACUCUCUCUCUCAUCAAGAUAAGGAGCCCGCGUCCUGCCCCCACUGCUGGGCCCAGUUUGUCAACCAGUCGGUCCUGGACAUCCACCUGCAGCGCUGCCCCGAGACGGAGGAGAACAAGAGCCUGGGCCGGGGCCGCGGCCAGGGUAGAGGCCGCUCCACAGGACAGAUGGAGUGUGACCUGUGUGGUCACCGCUGCAUGACCCAGGAGGGGCUGGACCUCCACCGGUUGUCCCACACGGGCCAGACCCCCCUCAAGUGCCCGCUGUCGCCCUGCCGGCGCCGCUUUGCGUCCAGCAGCGCCCUGGCCGAGCACGUGCUGGCCCACUGCCAGGGCACGCUGGCCAAGGGACGCACGGCAAGACGCUUCCACUGCCAGAUCUGCGGCAAGGACUUUGCCUACACCUCCACCUUCAACGUCCACAUGAGGAUCCACACGGACGAGAGGCCCUUUGGGUGCCCGACGUGCGGCAAGCGUUUCCGCCAGCUGCCCCACCUGCAGGACCACGAGCGCAUCCACAGCGGCCUGCGGCCCUUCUGCUGCUGGGUGUGCGGCAAGAGCUUCAGCGUGGCGGCCCGCCUCACAGAGCACGCCCGCAUCCACAGCGGCGAGAAGCCCUACCCCUGCCCCCGCUGCCCCUCCUCCUUCCGCUCGCGCUCCAACUACGACAAGCACAUGCGCACGCACGGCGUGGACCCCGACGCCGCCGACGCCGCCAUCACCGACGCCGAGAUGACGGAGGGGGCCCGCGUGCUGACCACCCUGGCCGGGGGAGGGGAUGGCGAGGGGGCCUACCAGACCAUCCUCCUGGUGCAGUCUGGAGGGGAGGGGGGCACCACGGAGCAGGUGGUUAUCCCCACGCUCUCUGGAGAGCAGCAGGCGUCCGGGACCAUCACCUCCCAGGGGGUGUACCUGCAUCCGUCCAUGGGGGGCCAGACCAUCUCUCUCCCCUCCCUGGCAGGCCUCAUGGAGGGCCAGGAUGUGCCCUCGGUCAUCGUGGUGGAGGGACAGGACCUUCCACACUCCUUCGAGUUCAUCGUGGAGGAGACCGUGUAGACCAGGACUGGAGGGAGGGAGGGAGGGAGGGGAUGGGAAGUCCUGGAGCAGAGGAGUCAUAGUGACGUAGAAAAAGUAGGAGGGAUGUCAGGAAUGAGCCGUUCAAACACACAGUUAUGCCACGGUCGGAAAACAUGACCUCUGCAAAUUGGUAUAAUUAUAACAUUGAAUUUGAUUGAAAGCAGAUAGUGUUGCCAAACACCUAAAGAAGGUAAAUAAUAUGUUUGUAUGGGUAUUGAACUGAUGUGAUCAUAAACCUCAAAUGCUAA